UUUCGAAUUCUCUACGAAGAUGAGAGCCAAGUGGAGAAAGAAGCGCGUCCGUCGCCUCAAGCGUAAGCGCAGAAAGAUGCGUGCCAGAUCGAAAUAAAUGACUCGCCCACUCCAUCUCAGCUCUUCAUGUGAAAGCUCAGGUUGAACGCCAAACAUGACAAUUUUUUGCGACGACGUCACGAUGAUGAUUUCUGUUAUGAUCGUUUCGUGGUUCGGUAUCUCGAUCGAGGCCUGUCUGGUCUGCAACCCUUCUUCGGUGCAGUCGAACUCGGAGCCCGCUGUUUCAACUGGACACAAGCGAUUUUCUCCCGUCCAAUCCCACGGUCUCAUUUCCAACGAGUUCGAUUUAUCUCUUGAUUUUCUUUGAUCCAGACAGUGGGGGAUGCGCGUUGUGUGUGCUUUUCCUCGGAGGUGCCAAAUGUGUUUGGGGGGGUUGGGGGGAUCUGUGGGAAGAAGCCGAAUGGUCUCCUGUAUUCCUGUACUGUCCUGCUUUUAUCGUUCCCACUGAUCCUUUUGGGAUUUUGCAUGGUGACUGGUCAAUUACUCGUGUCUCGGUUUUCUGGACGGUUCGUCCGGACGGAUGUCGGGCCAUGGAGAGGUUUUUAUUGAGAAUUUUAUUUUCAAAUUAACAAAAGUUACGACGCAC